AUGGCACUGAUGAAAAUCAAAUUCGACCAGAAGAAGAGAGUCAAAUUAGCCCAGGGGCUCUGGCUCAUGAACUGGCUUUCAACACUAACUGGAAUCAUCCUCUUCAGUUUGGGAAUAUUCCUCAAGAUUGAGCUCAAGAAGAGAAGUGAGGUAAUGAACAACUCAGAGAGCCAUUUUGUGCCCAACUCCCUGAUUGGGGUAGGGUUGCUAGCUUGCAUCUGCAAUGCUCUUGGAGGCAAAAUAUGUUAUGAUGCUCUAGACCCUGAAAAAUACUCCAAAUGGAAGCCAUGGUUGAAGCCCUACUUGGUCGUCUGCGUUCUGUUCAACAUCCUCCUCUUCUUGGUUUCCCUCUUUUGCUUCCUGAUGAGGGGCUCCCUGGAGAGUACCUUGGAACAUGGGCUCAAGAAUGGCAUGAAGUACUACAGGGACACAGAUACCCCGGGUCGGUGCUUUAUGAAGAAGACUAUCGACAUGUUGCAGAUUGAGUUCAGGUGCUGUGGAAACAAUGGCUUCCGAGACUGGUUUGAAAUUCAAUGGAUCAGCAACCGUUAUCUGGACUUUGCCUCCAAAGAAGUUAAAGAUCGCAUCAAGAGCAAUGUGGAUGGGCGAUACCUGGUGGAUGGUGUUCCCUUCAGCUGUUGCAACCCAAACUCUCCCCGGCCCUGCAUACAGACCCAGCUCACCAACAACUCUGCCCACUACAGCUAUGACUACCAGACCGAAGAACUCAAUCUGUGGGUCCGUGGCUGCCGGGAGGCUCUGCUCCUUUACUACAGCAAUAUAAUGAACACCAUGGGUGCCAUUGUCCUCCUUGUCUUGCUCUUUGAGGUGACUGUUACGGUUGGAUUACGCUACCUACACACAUCCCUGGAAAGCGUGGCCAAUCCCGAGGACCCCGAGUGUGAGAGCGAAGGCUGGUUGCUGGAGAAGAGUGUGUCAGAAACCUGCAAAUCUGUCCUGGAGAGUUUGAAAAAAUUUGGCAAAGGCAGCCAGGUGGAAGCAGAGGGCGACGAAGGCGGCCAGCCCCCGGUGGCCAGCUGAGGUGUUUCUAGGGAGCUCCCGCCGGGGACACACCCACUGAACAAUGACGUACAGAGAAACGGUGGGACUCAGAGCGGCUGGGGAAACUCUGUUCCCCUAAUCUAAUAUACAUUCAAGACCCCCAGUGAAGAAUGACCAUCUUGAAGAAAUAAACCUUUCUUAGUGGUUGGGUGAAUGGAGGGUCAAACAGGAGGGUUACCAUAAUGCUGGCUCUAUUUGCAAAGGGGUCUCCUUCCAGUUCAGUCUUCCUGGAGAAACCUUCAAAGGCUUCCUCCCUUCCUUUUGUGGGCCUCAACCCGCAAAAGGGCAAGUUUUACCAGAAGAGCAAUAGUUAUAUUCACAAUUAUUCUUGCUCCCCUACUACAUAAAUGUGAUCCCAACAUCUACAUGGGAUGUCUGCCUAUAUUCACACUCUCUUCUCCCCAUUCUUCAUCCUACUAAGUGCUUCACUUAAAAAAAAAAAUCAUUUCCCUUGCAUACUCUUUGGGCGGGUGUCACUCCAAUAAUUCAAGAACUUGAGACCCGGUCUGGGACUCUAUUCUGUGUAAGGUGGAGGGGAUGCCGAGAGUCCCCUUGCUACCUCCAGGUCUGCUUCAUUUCCAAGACCAUGUAUACAAAAGCAUCAUUUGAGAACUCUAGGUGGGAUCACGUAGAGGAGUCUGAAAAAUUAACUGUUCCUUUUAAAUUGUAGGCCAACUCCUUCGCACAGUUGAUGACCGUGGGGGGGGACAGAUGAGGGAUCAAGAUUUCUCCUGUCCCAGAUGGGCAGGACUUUCAAUACAAUAGGGUGGUCCUACAAUAGGGUGUGAGCAAAGAAGAAAAGUGUUAGCCCUUUCCCUGUUGAGACUAAGCAUGGUCUUGGACAAGAGUUCCUCACAGACUCAUUUUAGAUAGAGCUAUGAGCAGAGUGGGUCAAAGGUCACCUUGGUAGGCACAUGGCAUCUCACAACCUUCACUUACACUCUAUUAAAAACACCACACUGGAAUUUUUUCUUAAAAAAAAAAAAAAAAGAUCAUAUCUCCUCUCUGGGAGUAGGGAUGUCUCCUAAAUGAAACAAUAUUUGCCCUUUGGGAAGUGUUGUGCAUCUCUCUGGGGGUAGGGACAUGGGGAUAAGACUAAGCAACCCGUAGGACUUCACAAGCAGUUUUCCCAACAUACUCCGGGCCUCCCAGGUGAGAGAUGGGAGGUCCAUAUUCCUGGGAUGCCUGUCUUGAAGAAAUGGCCCUUUUGGCUUUUAUCCUAAGCCUAAUGACAAGAGGAACCCAGGUCAAGGUACAUUCAGGUACAGUAUAAGAAUGGUCUUGCCUCCAACCUAAAAUCUUGAGAUCAGGCCAAGGCCAGUACUCAUCACAGCCCUGAAGGAAUGGUUCCGGGAUCUGCUGCUUAA